AUGCCGCAGUGGCUGGUGAUUGGAAUCUCGGGCGUCACCUGCGGCGGCAAGACGACGCUGGCCCACAGUCUGCACGAUUACUUCAAGGGUCUGAGUGGAGCGCCGCUGUGGAACUCGCCCUACACUAUUGGUGAAGUGCGUCUGAUCUCGCAGGACGACUACUUUCUGCCCGUGGACGACAAGCGGCAUCAGCGGAAUGAAGCGCUGAAUGUCAUCAAUUUCGAGCUGAUCACCUCGCUGGACAUGGCCAAAAUGCUGAACGACAUAGCGCACAUCAUCAAGGGGGUGGCGCCAGAGCCACCGGAGCAGCAGCUGGUUACCUACGCCAAUUUCGAGCACUAUGCCAUGCAGUUCCAGCAGCAGUAUCACUACAAUGCCAACUACUACAAGCAGGUCAAUGGCUAUCCACCGCCACAGCAGCAGCAGCAGCAGCCAAGGCUACACCACCAACACCAUCAUCAUAAUCACCACUCCCAGCAGCAGCAGCAUCAUCAUCAGCAGCAUCAGCAGCAGCAAAUCCACCAGCAACAGCAGCAGGCGAGGCACAUCAUGCGUAUCAAUGCCCAGAUAGCCGCCCAGCUGAGAGACAAAAAGAUCAACUUCCUCCUGGUCGAGGGAUUCAUGAUCUUCAAUCAGCCGGAGCUGCUGGCCCUGUGCAACCUCAAGUACCAUUUCCAUCUGCCCUACGAGAAGUGCUUCGAGCGGCGCAGCAAACGCACCUACGAUCCACCCGAUGUCACCGGCUACUUUGAGCUCUGCGUUUGGCCGCACUACGAGAAGAACUUCAGCGAGUAUCGGGAUUGCAAGGACAUCACAUUCCUCAACGGGGAGAUUGCCAAGGAGAAGAUCUUCAAGUUCGUGCUCCAGCGUAUUGUGCACUACUUCGAGGAGCGUUGCGAGGUCCCCACGCCAGCGCCACCCGCCGCCUGUCCACCGCAGCAAAAGCGCUUCGGAAUGCUCUACGUGGGUUCCAGCAAUAACAACGUGAUGCCCACGGCCUGUCCCAUGGAGCAGUAAAUUGUCCUUCUUUAAAGCACAGUGUACAAUAAAGGAAUAUUGUAUAUGUUAUUAGGAUGUUGAACGGUUCAAAAUUGUUUGAAUUGCUUCCCAGAUUGUACAUUAAGGCUUAGUUUUAAGCAAAUCUAAGGGUGGUUCGAUUUUUGAUUGACCUAAAAUAUCUAAAUUUACUUUGGUACUAUCUUCAUCGUUUUUGGAACUUAAGCUAGCAAAAUUUCACACAAAACAAAAGUAUUCCAUUUAAAAAGUUUUUUGAAACAUUUUGUAGGUUGAUUUUUGCUUUAAAAGUCGUUUUGUUAGAUAUAAAAUCCAUUUUAACCAACGUAAAGUUCAAAGAAAUUUGCAGUAUUUUUUAGAAAAUGUCUAGUUUGCCUAGCUUAGAAUUUGCUUAAAGUUUUCAGCAAACAAAAAUCAUUUAAUUCGAGCCUUGUGAGGAUUAAAAUCAGUUUUACAAUGUGAGCAUUAGUUCUGAAAUUGAUUUUAACCAGUAUUGUUUAGAAAAUAUUUUUUUUGCCCAACCUUAAGCUGCUUUCCGCAAGGAAUAGCAAAAUAAAAUGUCUUAAUUAGAUCUUUGUGACUAUUUAAAUAAAUUUUAGAAUGUGAGCAAUCGAUCUGAAGUCCAAAGAAAUUUCCAGUAUUGUUUAGUAAAUAUUUUUUGUGCCCAAACUACAAUUUGCUUACACCCUCUUUUGGCUAAUUUUUCGAAAACACAAAUCGACCCGCCCCUAGAAUAUAACUUUUAUUAGUUAGUCUUUAUUUUGUAUUAAGAUAGUUAUAGUUAUGGGUGACAUGGUCUGUCUCUCUUGUGGAGUAUGCACUUGUGACCAGAAAAACGUGUGAAAUGAAGAAACUCGGUUCAGGAAUUCAUAUUUAGCUGUGCUAACUAUUACACUUGUGUAUUGUUUUACUAUUACGUCAUGGAAUUUUGCAAAAACCCCACAAACGAGGCAUUUGGUGAGUGGGCCGUUUUUAUGGAGUCGAAAAGUUAUUGUACUAUAUAAUAGAUAUUUAUAUAUAUAUAUAUAUAUAUGCAUAUGCACAUGCACACCUUGUAAAUACCGUAUAGUGUAUAGUUACCAAGUUUAAACCUAGCUCUAAGACUAUGACCUAAUAGAAUUCUAUUUUUUCUUGUGCGAAACAAAACACACAUACGAAUAAACAGACAUUUAACCGAAA